AUGCAGUCGACCAAGAACGGCGACUUGAUGGUUUUGAUGUUCUGGAGCUCGAACAUGGCGGGGACAACUCCGCCCUGGUGGAACUUGCCCAUAAAGACGAGCAUUGCAGUGUUGAACGGGAUCCACAGAAUGUAUGGGAACUUGAACAGCUGUGCUUUGGAAAACUUGGCGCAACAUGCCCAGAGCGGCACCAUGGGCACGAGGAACCUCAAUUCCUGGUGGGGCACCAGGCUGUGUACCAGGACUCCUGACACCAUGGCGAUGAACGGCGUGGACUUGAUGUGUUCAGUAUUGAAAGGGAACGCUGUCAGGACAAGCGGGCCGAGAAUCAGCGGGUAA